CCCCAGUACCGACGACAAGACAUGAUGGUCCAGCCGGAGCCCCAGCGCAAGGAGGAAAAGGCUACUGGAGGUGUCGCCGCCCACUUGGAUUAUGAGAUGGACCAGAUGUCCGACUUUGUGGCUGAAAUGGCCCAGGGAAUGUAUGCUUUGUACAUCACCGAAAUCAACCUAGCAGAUAUUGACUUCGCGCGAAGCGUCUACCCAGGAACGUCGGUCCCGCCCCAGUUUCGGAAAUACGUCUACCAGAUCUUGUCCUCGACUCGCCUGCCGAGCUCGACCAUUCUCUUGGGUCUCUAUUACCUGUCUAGUAGGAUGCGGAUGCUUUCGUCGGCCAAGGUGUUUCACUCGGGCAGUGGCCAGGUCUACCGGAUGCUUACGGUGGCCCUCCUCUUGGGCAGCAAGUUCCUGGAUGACAAUACCUUCCAGAACAAAUCUUGGGCGGAAGUGAGCAACAUCCCGGUGGGCGAGCUGAACUCGAUGGAGCUCGACUGGCUCUUUGCCUUCGAGUGGAAGAUCCACGACCGGAUUUACGACCAGCAGGAUGGCUUUACGUCAUGGCUUUCCCACUGGGACACCUGGCGUAACAAGACCGUGGCCCGGGCGCAGGAGUCCCGCCACGCGUUGGCUCCCAUCGAUACCAAUGUUCCCCGGAACCACCGUGUGUCCAAGCCCCUGCUCUCACCCGAGGGACCGAUCCCGCCGCAAUACCAGCGUAGCGCCACUUACGAGACCUCGUGGUUGAACCCCGCGGCCUCGGAGUAUUCGCCUCCCUCCGCACCUCAUACGGGACCGAACACUCCGGAUUACUACGCUGCUGGGCCAUGGUACACACAGCCUCCCCCGCCCUACUCGCGCACCUGGGUGCCGCCCCAACAGUACAUUCCUGCCCCUCGAUCCCAGCCGCCAUCCUACCAUCACACCCCCGCAUACGCGCUCCCGUUCGCGCAGAGUGUGUGGACGGGCCACGGGUCAUCCUGUGGUUGCUUGUACUGUGCCAAGCAUAUGGAACACUACAUGUGUGCCAACCCGUUUGGCUCGAUGCAACCGAUCGUUGCUGGCUAGUCAGGGGGCUAGCUCGGCUGCCCCUUUGCGUUGGCCCACUGAAAAACCGUUUUUU